AUGGACGUGACGACGAACUGUUGCUUCAACGGUUGCACGAACCUUGCGAUGCCCGAUUGCACCAAAUGCACAUUUCAUCGAAGUCGAGUGUGCUGCUCGUUUGAAAACUGCUUCAACCAAGUGUACGCGCGCGGCCUCUGUGUCCGCCAUGGCGGCAAGAAGCAAUGUCUUGCCGACAACUGCGAGACAAACGCGCGCACCGGUGGCUACUGCUCGCGCCACGCGAUCGUCGGGCUUAAGAAGCAGUGCAUCGAAGAAGGAUGCGUCAACUUGGCGCACGCCAACCAGCGCUGUGUUCGCCACGGCGGUGGCCGCAAGUGCAAGUUUGGCGGAUGCACGUCCCUCGCACGCAUUGCGGGCUACUGCCAGCGCCACUCCAAGCAGAUUCUCAACAAUGCGCCGGCGAUCGAUCCUGACCUCCUCGUCCUAUUGCAAGCCGAAGACUGGUUUGACUCGGACAGCUCGAGUAAUACGUCGUCACUGGAGGCCUUGGACCACGCAAUUUUGGAUUGCGUCCUUCAAAAUACCACAGAUGACAGCAGCAGCGUGUCAUGGGGACGUGACGAGAGCCUCGUUUGCUCUCAAUGA